UCAUUCAAUACUGCUGUGAUAUUUUUAGUAAAUCUGUGUUUCUCUACACCUUCUGGCACACCAACAUGCUGAAAGUGCUUAGAUUAAAGUAAUGUUUGUCUUCUCUGCUUUCUCCUAUCUCUUCCUGCUUCCUACUCGUUCUUCUUCGGUUCUUACUUUCCCCACCCCUUUUUCACCCAAUUUGCUUUGAAGAGAGGAAAUCUGCUUUUCUGCAAAAGCUGCAGCCGCCAUCUGUGGAUGAAGUUCUUCACUGUAUGGAGAAGGUGGCGGUGGGGGAGAGGAGGUUUUUUUGUUUUUUGCAGCUCUGCAUCAUUUCCUUUCGCAUCACUUCUGCUGUUGUUGGCGUGUCAACCUGAACUGAGCUGUUUGUCCUCCUACAUUUAUUUUAUUUGUCUACUUAAUCCCUUCUAUGAUGGAUCUGAGCGCCGUUGUGAUCAUCGUGGCCUUUUCUCUUGUGUCUGCAGAGACUGAUGGCCAACAAUCUACCUUAAAUGCAACCAACCCCACGACGAAUACUUCCACUUCCACAGUCUGUUCCUGUGCAACGUCAGCUCCCCCUACUUCCAACCCCUAUAACCUUUCUAUCAAAAUGGGCGUCCUCAAAGUCCGUUGGACAGAAACAUGCAUAGGGACUGUCGAGCUGGUUCCGCAUUUUAGCGUCAACAAAUCUUCCCUGCCUGUCUGUCAAAGCUCAGAGAAACAAGUCUCCGAGAUUCUUCAAAAUGUUUGUAAGGACAGAAAGGGCUGUGAAUAUGAGUCAAGAUGGCUCCAUCCGGGUACCGAAGCGAGGGAAUGCUACACGAUUCAUGCUAACGGAGCUAGCCCAACGUCCGGCUGCAAGACAAUCAGAGUCAAGUGCAAAGUUGAGAAUCUCCCAGAUUUUGAGGGGCAGCUGACGGCCUGUAAGGUGGUGAUAGCUUUGCUCAGCAUCGUCCUCCUGGUCCUUUUAUUAAUGCGCUUCACCAAACCCACCGUCAUGGCCCUGCAGAAGAGAUUAUCAGACAGGAGGCAACAUCGCUGGGUCGGGCCCACACAAAGUCACAGUGUUUCCUACCAUCGAGGGAAGAGUGUCGCUAAGAACGAAGAUGAAGAGAAAAGAUUUUCAGCUCUGGAGCGUCUGACAGUCGGCGGCGGCGGCAGCAGCCCGUCGUGCAACAGAAACUUCUAUAACUACUAGUCUGCAGGAUCCUCCGUCUUCAUAUCCACGAGUGUCUUUCUCUCCGUGUUGAAGAUCUGUGUUCAAAUGUGAAGCUCUAGAUUGGACCUGUGUGUAGAAAAACUGCCUACGCUUGUCAAAUGAAUUACUAUGACUUGCAUCACACACAAACAUCAUUGUAACAUUAUAGUAUGAUUUUAUUCUGUCUGUAAAUUAGAACUGUUUGUCUUGUAAAUU